CCCUUCCUGUACUUGCUUUAGUAGAAUAUAAAGUGACACAAAAUAAGAGAUGAAACUAAAAGCGAAGUUUGGAUCUGGUCUGUUCCUCUUUUAACUGGGUAUUAGAGCUCAAUUUGAGGAAGUAAAGCCAUGAGAUCCACCCACAGGAGUGAGGCCACUGUGUCCCGUGUUUGAAUUUAGAUGCACAAAUCACUUCUCUCCACAAAUAUCAGAUUUUAUUGCGUUGGGUAUGAAAAGAGAAUAAAAUUAUGGAUUUGAUGGUGCUUCUCCAAAAUGCAUGCAUCACAUGAGGCUACGUAGUAUAAUUAUUUGUUUUCAUUGCAUAACAGAUUGCAAAAAAGUGCUCAUGUUUUAAAUUGUGAAUGAGGAAUUUCCUGUUUACAACUUUGUCCAUCUGUCUGGUCUGUACGUGCAGGGCUUACGCUCGUAACAUACAGUAUGGUCGGGCUUGUCUUGAAGCUUUGUCUCCAUCUGCUGGACAGAGAUGUCGAAGUGACCAUCAUCUAGAGACGAUUCACAGCCGUAGAGGGGGAGACAACCAAAAUAGCACAGCGAGGCCCAUGUUUAUCCCCUGCCUCUUUACAAUUGCCUAUUUCAUUUAUGCUUGAUUGAUUGUAGAACUAUGAAGGCUUGUACAAUGCAUCUGUGUUUUGCAUUUGCGCGUAUUGCUCAAUUUCCUCCGCACCACCUCAUUCACUGACAGCUUGAGCCAACCCAGCCAGCCAUCCAUCCCGUGAGCCAGGACCGGAGCGCGAGCCGUCCCGUGGAAACAGCGCGGUGUAUGGAACAUGGCUGCGAUGAGGACUUUAACCGUGGCGGGGUUGUGUUUGGCUUUCUGCGCCUUGGGGCUUAUAGCAGUGGCGCUCAGCACUGACAAUUGGUACGAGACGGACGCCAGGAGACACCGGGAAAGAUGCAAGACUUACUCCAAUAAAAGAAAUGAUCCCGGCUUCAUAUACAUCUCCAACCUGCCUCUACGGAUGCUGCCAAAGGAGAAACACGUAGAGAGAAAAGGCUCCAGUGUGAGCGGCGAGAUGCUGCUGCGGGCUAAGCGGCACCUCUCGCCCCUAGCCUCGGCCAUGGAGUCGCUCUGCAGUCGGCAAUAUAACUCCACUAUCACCGGACUAUGGAGGAAGUGUCACAGAGAGGGAUUUGACUUGGAAACGGAGGAUUUAAUCUUUAAAGGAUUGGUCCCACGCUGCACGCCAAUAAAAUACUACUACUCAUCUUCCGCGCUGCCCAGGAAUCUGCCUGUCAAUUUGACUAAGACCAUACGCCAAGAUGAGUGGCACGCGCUCCAUCUCCAGAGGAUGACAGCCAGUUUCAUAGGUAUGGCCAUAUCUAUCAUCUUGUUUGGCUGGAUCAUAGGCGUGCUGGGCUGCUGUAAGGAGCAUGAUCUGAUGCAGUAUGUGGCCGGACUGCUCUUCCUCAUGGGAGGGACAUGCUGCAUCAUCUCACUCUGCACCUGUGUGGCUGGAAUCAACUUUGAACUGUCACGCUAUCCACGCUACAUGUUUGGGAUCCCAGAGGAUAUCAGUCAUGGUUAUGGCUGGUCCAUGUUCUGUGCAUGGGGUGGGCUGGGCCUGACUCUCCUGGCUGGUUUCCUGUGUACUCUGGCCCCCUCCCUGUACCCCCCACAGACCCCUGUGGCACACAAGCCUCGGCAGGAGAAUGGCUGUGUGUGACAGCGCUCAGUGUUCAUGCAGACAUCAGUGUGGAGCCCUGCUGUGGACUUUUACACGGGGACUCCCCUUUGAGACACACCUCGCACAUGGACUCAAGGAGAGACUUUACCUGAAGAGAAUCACAGUUCUUCUGGUGCUUCUUUUGCUCCAUCUUUCUGAAUGAACUGUUCCGUGUUAUUGCCUGCUCUUCAAGAGGAGAAUAGUUAUACAAAACUUUCUGCUGAAUCUGCCAGUUUGAAAAAAGAAUACUUGUAACUGGCAGGAAACUGAUAGCACAACUUUGAAAUCUGUAUUGAAUAUUAUGAUGUGGUCUGUCACAUUUCAAAAGGGCAACUGUGUAUCAUGAUGUAUUCAUCAAAAAUAUUUACAUGUAUUUUCAACUGUAUGUAUGCAGAUGCAUUUGUGUUUAUUCGAUGAAAACAUGAAAACAUUAAGACCGCACUGUGUUUGAGAAAAUGUUUUGUUGUUCUCAAGGUCUUAACAAUGGAAAUAUUUUUAAAGAAUAAAAGAAGCCUUGCAAAA